AUGAAGGAGAUUGUCGCUUCGGUAAAUCCAAAGAAAAUCAAGCAUAUCCAAUUUGGUCUUCUCUCGGCUCAGGAUGUCGUCAAAAUAUCCGAGUUUGAGGUAACGCACCGGGACUUGUAUACGGCAGAGGAUCGACUACCUGUAAAGAAUGGGCCAUUAGACAGACGCUUGGGUACAGUCGAUAAACAAGCGUCCUGCGAAACUUGUGGCCACCAAACUGCACUCUGCGUCGGCCAUUAUGCGUACAUUAAAUUAGUCCUUCCUGUCUUUCACAUUGGCUACUUCAAACACAUUAUCGGGAUCCUUCAAGAAAUUUGCAAGUCAUGUGCGCGCGUACUCCUUGACGAAUCUGACCGACGUAUCUUUCUCAAACGUUUCCGCCGCCCAAACCUCGAAAACCUCUCCAGAAUGUCCCUGAUCAAACAAGUCAAUGGUGCAUGUCGAAAGGUGAUUUACUGUCCCUAUUGUGGUUCUACAAACGGCACCGUCAAAAAAGCGGGACUACUUCGGAUCGUACAUGAAAAAUUCCGGGCCAAAAAGACUGGCGAGGAGAAAGAGGCUUGGAAGCGGACCUUUUCGACCGCCAUUGAGCACCAGAAAGAAGUUUCGACGUUUUUGGGCAAGGCGCAUGAUGAUUUGAACCCGCUCAAGGUGUUGGAUUUAUUUAAAAGGAUUUCGGCAGAGGAUUGUGAAUUGCUUGGGUUGAAUCCUGUCCACGGGAGGCCGGAGCAAUAUCUUUGGCAGUACAUUUCUGUUCCGCCUGUUUGCAUUCGUCCAUCGGUUCAGCAGGAUGGUGCUAGUAACGAAGACGAUAUUACGGUCAAGCUCUCUGAAAUUGUUUAUACAAAUGCCAUUAUCAAGCAAGGCCUCAGCAAAGGCGUACCGACCAGCGGCCUAAUGGAACAAUGGGAUUUCCUACAAGUUUCUAUUGCAAUGUACAUCAAUAGCGAAACUCCUGGUAUUCCUCCUCAGAUGGGCAUGAAGCCGAUGCGAGGUUUCUGUCAACGUCUCAAGGGUAAACAAGGUCGAUUCCGUGGCAAUCUAUCCGGAAAACGUGUCGACUUUUCGGGACGUACUGUCAUUUCCCCGGAUCCCAACUUGGCUAUUGACGAGGUGGCUGUUCCGGUCCGAGUAGCUAAAAUUUUGACCUACCCCUGCCGCGUUACUGCACAUAAUCUAACGCAAAUGAAACAAGCCGUUAUCAACGGAGCGGAUGUUCAUCCCGGAGCCAACUAUAUUCAGACAGGUGACACUGGCUUCCGCAAGUACUUGAAGGUCCUCAAACCCAAGCUCAGGGCUAAGCUUGCGGAGGAACUCAAAAUUGGGGAUCUGGUGGAUAGACAUAUUGUAGAUGGAGACAUUGUUUUGUUUAAUCGUCAGCCCUCGCUGCACAAGUUAUCGAUUAUGUGCCACCGAGCGAAGAUCCGCCCUUGGAGAACAUUUCGUCUUAAUGAAUGUGCAUGUGGUCCUUAUGGUGCGGAUUUCGAUGGGGACGAAAUGAAUAUGCAUGUACCCCAAACUGAAGAAGCCCGUACGGAGGCAUUUAUUCUCAUGAAUGUACGACAGAACAUUGUGACACCUCGUAACGGAGAACCCAUUAUUUCUGCCAUCCAAGACUUCAUCACCGCUUCCUUCCUACUCUCAAGCAAAGAACGCUUUUUUGAUCGACGCCAGUUUACUCAAAUUUGUUCGUAUCUCGGCGAUGCGGAGCUCCAAAUUGAUAUCCCUCCUCCAACGAUUAUCAAGCCUGCUCGACUAUGGACCGGAAAGCAAAUAUUCAACGUUCUUAUGAAACCCAGCAAAGCGUCAAACGUUCGGGUCAACGUUGAAGCUCGUUGCAGCACGAUGCACAAACCGAACCCAAAAAAUUUCCCUUCAUAUAUGAAACCUGCACCCGAUCUAUCGCCAAAUGACGGGUGGUUGGUUAUUGUGAAUAGCGAGAUCAUGUGUGGUGUCAUGGACAAAGCUACGGUUGGGGCAGGGAAGAAGAAGUCCAUUUUUGGUGUGAUUAUUCGAGAUUAUGGGGCAAAUGAGGCUGCAAUUACAAUGGGUCGGUUGGCAAAGCUGUGUGCGAGGUGGUUAUCCAAUAUCGGGUUCUCACUGGGUAUCAACGAUGUUAUUCCUGGCCCUCGCCUGCGCUCCGAGAAGGAUCGCAUGGUCGAGGAAGCGUACGCGGAAUGCCAAGAACUCAUUGAAAAGGCACUUGUGUUCACCUCUGCGCUGCGAAAGGUAGAAACUGACGUACAAGCUAGGCAAAAUUGGGCAAUGAUAUCUGGUGUCCUAUCGAAAGUUCGGGGUGAUGUAGGUGAUAUUUGCAUGAAAGAACUUAGUCGGCACAACGCGCCCAUUAUCAUGGCUACAUGCGGUUCCAAAGGUUCUACCAUUAAUGUCUCUCAGAUGGUUUCUUGUGUCGGACAACAGAUUAUCAGCGGUAAACGUGUCCCUGAUGGGUUCCAAGACCGAUCUCUUCCACACUUCCCCAAGAAAUCUAAAGAGCCGCCGGCAAAGGGGUUUGUGCGCAAUAGCUUCUACACGGGCUUAUUGCCAACGGAAUUCUUGUUUCAUGCUAUCUCUGGUCGAGAAGGCCUGGUCGAUACAGCCGUCAAAACUGCAGAAACUGGGUACAUGGCCCGUCGUUUGAUGAAGGCCCUGGAAGAUCUUACCACACAAUAUGAUUUAUCAGUGCGCAACUCUGUCGGAGGUGUAGUUCAAUUUACGUUUGGUGACGAUGGACUAGACCCGGCGUGUUUGGAAGGAGAUGCACAGCCAGUAGAUUACACCCGUGCCUGGAGCCAUUCAUUAGCAACAGGAUCCCGGGAGGGCAGAUCUCUCUAUCCCUACGAAGUUACCGAACUCAUCAAGGCUGAACUUUCAUCCCCUCGAUUCCAGAACGAGUGCACGCCUGCAUACAUCCAAUCGAUCGAAAGCUUUCUUCGCACAAGCGUCGUGGACAAGAUGGCUGCUUGUCGAGAUCAGCAUGGCAUGUUUGAUGCCAUCGAACGAUCUGAAGAAUGGGACGACGACACGGACUUGUCUCUAGGGGCAGCAGAAUACGAAAAGACGAUAGUUGACAACAUGACUAAGGUAACCGAGUCGCAGCUUCGUAGAUUCCUUGAUAUAUGCUGGACGAAGUAUGCAAAAGCAAGGAUCGAACCGGGUUCCACUGUCGGAGCUGUUGGUGCCCAAUCUAUCGGUGAGCCAGGGACGCAAAUGACGCUCAAAACAUUCCAUUUUGCUGGCGUUGCAUCAAUGAAUGUCACUCUUGGUGUCCCGCGUAUCAAAGAAAUUAUCAAUGCGAGUAAGGCAAUCAGCACGCCCAUUAUCACAUGCCGCCUCGUUGCAAGUGAUAGCGAAACAAGCGCACGUAUUGUCAAAGGUCGAUUGGAGAAGACAUACCUUGGAGACAUUGCCUCGGUACUGGAGGAAGCUUGGGGAGCAUCGUAUACCUACGUUGGUAUUCAUAUCGAUAUGGAAGCUAUUCAAAAACUCCAGUUGGAUAUCACACUGGAUGACGUGAAAUGGGCAAUCCUCAACAAUAAGAAGCUGAAAGUCAAAGAACAUAAUGUGACCAUACCUCCACGUAAAAAUCGGCUGAGGAUCUACGUAGAUGGAGAAAACAAAUAUUACCGACUACGGCAACUAAAACGAAUACUUCCUAGUGUUGUUGUAAAGGGUAUCCCCACAAUCCAAAGAGCGAUAAUCAACGUACUGGAUAAAGAUAGCGACGACUGCAAACGUGGAGAUAAAGAAUUGCUCGUGGAAGGCUAUGGCCUGAAGGAAGUCAUGAACACAGAUGGAAUUAUUGGAGAAAAAACUACAUCGAAUCACAUUAUGGAAGUGGAACAGGUACUCGGAAUCGAGGCUGCCCGUAAGACUAUUAUCGGAGAGAUCCAAUAUACAAUGCAAAGUCACGGAAUGAAUGUUGAUCCUCGACACAUCAUGCUUCUCGGAGACGUGAUGACCUAUAAGGGCCAAGUUCUCGGCAUUACCAGGUUUGGCGUUGCCAAAAUGAAGGAUAGUGUCCUGAUGUUGGCAUCUUUCGAAAAGACCACGGACCACUUGUUUGACGCUGCGGGUUACGCAAAGAACGAUAAUAUUUCAGGCGUUUCCGAGAGUAUUAUUAUGGGUAAUACAGCCGAACACUGCGGUACCUCUAUGCCUGCACUUGUCGUUCCUAACCCCGACUUACCUAAACCCAAAGAAUUAUUAUUCGAGGGAUCACUAUAA